GUCAAUAAAACUUUGUCCAUUGAGAGACAGAGCUUUCAGCACACAACCUGCCUGUCCCAAAAUGGGAUCUUGCAAAUAUAUCUUUGUGUUACUUUUAUUUCUCUACUCAGUUCAAGGAGAUCUAAACGAUGACUAUGUAAGGACAGAUGGUGCAUGGAUCCUUGGUCAACAAAACCAGUUCUAUAGGACCCUCAAUAAAGAAGAAUGUGCUGAGAAAUGUGAAGCUGAAAGAACAUUUACUUGCAGGUCUUUUAUAUUUACCGUCAAAGAUCAGCAAUGCAUUACAUUGGCUGACAACACAAAAACAGCUGUUGUGUUCAGAAGGGCAGGUGCAAUUCUCUUUGAAAAAAGAAUGUAUCUCCUUGAAUGCAGAAGAGGAACUGGAGAGGACUACAGGGGAACUGAAUCUAAAACUCAGAAAGGUGUUACAUGCCAGAGAUGGGCAGACAAGGAUCCUCAUUCACCCAUUUACUCCCCGACCAGUCAUCCUAAUAGUGGAUUAGAAGGAAAUUACUGUAGGAAUCCUGAUAAUGACGAGAAAGGUCCCUGGUGCUACACUACAGAUUCUCGAAAAAGAUAUGAUUUUUGCAACAUCCCAGAAUGUGAAGAGCAAUGCAUGUACUGCAGUGGGGAAAACUACCAAGGCAAAGUUUCCCAAACUGAAUCUGGGCUUGGAUGCCAGGCUUGGGCUGCUCAAGAACCUCACUCUCAUGGAUACAUCCCUUCAAAUUUUCCAGAAAAGAAUCUGAAGUCAAAUUACUGUCGUAAUCCUGAUGGUGAGCCUCGUCCUUGGUGCUUCACCACUAGCCCGACUAAACGCUGGGAAUAUUGUGACAUUCCACGGUGCACAACACCCCCACCGACCUCUGGCCCAGGACGCCAGUGCCUUGUGGGAAAUGGAGGAGACUAUCGAGGGAAAAUCGCCGUCACAGUAUCAGGAGCAACGUGUCAGUCCUGGGCAGCCCAAGAGCCAAACAAACAUGUGAGAACACCAGAGAACUACCCUUGCAAGGGUUUAGAAGAAAACUAUUGUAGAAACCCUGAUGGAGAGACCAUGCCUUGGUGCUACACCACUGAGCCCAAAAAAAGAUGGGAAUACUGCAAUAUUCCUAGCUGUGAUGGUACAGCAGUAGACACUGGUAAGAAAGCUGCAGCUCCUGCUAUUCCUGACCAAGCUCAACUUGUUGAAGACUGUUAUCAAGGCACUGGCACAAAUUACCAGGGUACCACAGCAAUGACUGUCUCUGGAAAGAGAUGCCAAGCAUGGAGUUCUAUGAAACCUCAUCAUCACAGUAAAACUCAAGAGGCCUUCCCAGAAGCGGACUUGAGGAGCAACUACUGCAGAAACCCAGAUGACGAUAAAGCCCCUUGGUGUUAUACUACUGAUCCCAGUACCAGAUGGGAGUACUGCAAUCUGCAAAAGUGUCCUGAUCCUGUCCAACAGCAACAGCCUCAACCCACAGUGACACCAAACCUUGACUGUAGAACGGGUAAUGGUAAAGACUAUCGUGGAAAGAUUGCAACAGCAGCUGGCAGGACUUGCCAAGAAUGGCGCUUGCAGACACCUCAUAAGCAUGAGUUUUUCACACCACAGACUCACCCCCGUUCAGGUCUGGAAAGAAAUUAUUGCAGAAAUCCAGAUGGUGAUAUCAACGGCCCUUGGUGCUAUACCACAGACCAGGACAAAGCAUGGGAAUAUUGUGAUGUCCCACAGUGCUCUUCUCCUGAAUAUGAGUGUGGAAAACAAAAAUAUAAACCACUCCUGUGCUUUGGAAGGAUUGUUGGCGGGUGUGUUUCAAAUCCUCAUUCUUGGCCCUGGCAGAUCAGUCUUCGAACAAGUUUCCUCAAUAUGCAUUUCUGUGGAGGCACACUAAUAGAUCCCGAGUGGGUUCUGACAGCAACUCACUGCUUAGAAAGGUCAUCAAGACCUUCCGCUUACAGAGUGGCGCUUGGACUGCACACAGAAAAGGCUUCAGAGUCAUCCUUACAAAUGCGAAAUGUUGAGAAAAUGUUCAAGGAACCAAAUAGGGCAGACAUUGCCUUGCUGAAACUAAGCAGCCCUGUACUGAUCAACGAUAAGGUAAUUCCAGCAUGUUUGCCUCCAGCCAAUUCAAUGGUACCAGGCGGAGCAGAAUGUUAUGUCACUGGAUGGGGUGAAACAAAAGAUACCGGUGGAGAAGGCUUUCUUAAAGAGACUGGCUUUCCUGUAAUUGAAAAUAAAGUGUGUAAUCGGCCUGAAUUUCUGAACGGCAGGGUCAGAAACAGCGAACUCUGUGCUGGUAAUAUUGAUGGUGGCACGGACAGUUGUCAGGGUGAUAGCGGAGGCCCUCUGGUCUGUCCAGACCAAGGAAAAUAUGUCCUUCAUGGAGUCACCUCCUGGGGUCUUGGCUGUGCCCAGGCCAUGAAGCCUGGGGUUUAUGUUAGAGUUUCUAGGUUUAUUCCAUGGAUUGAACGUACAAUGAGUCAAAACUGAGCCACUCUUGUUGAAAGCAGUACAUGCACACACACAACGCAAAAGAGAUUCUGAGUGCAAUGUGGUGAAAUAAUUUACUUGAUUUUAAAAAUAAAGAUCAUGUACAUUCUGUAACCAACAUCAACAGAUUGACUGGCUGGUUUCAUUACAACAAGGUUUAUAUGCUGCAAAAACACAUUUACAAUAAACCAAAGUAGACAUGAUUUGAGAGAUCCAUUAGUAGAACUGCCAACAUUUAUAAAGAAGUAAUGCUAUCUAUAGUGCAAAAUAUUCCAGCAUCAUGUAGAUACCUGCAUGGUUUGGCCUGUGGGGCAAAUAGCUUUGGGGGCUUUAAAAAUGCAGGAUUUCCCAUGUCAAGUCUAGCUUGCUCCAUAGCUGUCCACAGUCCAUACUUUACCACAUGACUGAAAGCUGUGGCAAAUAAAAUAAAUUGUUCUUAAA